GAAGCAGGUUAGACAUGGCAGAAGCAGGUAAUGGGACUCCUACUGCUGUUUACCAAACCUUUUGUGAUGGGUCUUCUACUGGAUUUCUAUUCGACCGAGAUGGAAGCAUAAGAAAAGACCAGCCCACAGCGAGCAAAAAGAGUUUGGUCGGUCAGCCGGAAGCAAACACUGGUAAGAAGCCCUACAUGUGUGGGGAUUGUGGGUACAGGACAGCUAAGAAAUCUCAUUUAUCCGACCAUAUGAGAACUCAUACCGGUGAAAAACCCUACAAGUGCGAACAGUGUGACUAUUCUGCAGCAAAGAAAAGCCAUGUGGAUUAUCACCUAGCCAAACAUACUGGUGACAAACCCUACAUGUGUGGGAAAUGUGAGUACAGGACGGCUCACAAGUCUCACUUAUCGCGACAUAUGAAAACUCACACAAGGCAAAAACCCUACAAGUGUGAAAAGUGUGACUAUUCUGCAGCAAGCAAAUACCAAUUGGACCAACAUCAAGCCAAACACACUGGUUAUAAGCCCUACAUGUGUGGGGAGUGUGGGUACAGGACAGCUUACAAGUCUCACUUAUGCCGGCACAUGGGAACUCACAUAGGGCAAAAACUCUUCAAGUGUGAGCAGUGUGACUAUUCUGCAGCAAGGAAAUACCAUUUGGACAGACAUCUAGCCAAACACACCGGUGAGAAGCCCUACAUGUGUGAGGAGUGUGGUUACAGGUCAGCUCAAAAGUCACAUUUAUCCCGACACAUGAGAACUCAUACUGGUGAAAAACCCUACAAGUGUGACCAGUGUGACUAUUCUGCUGCACAGACGUCCACCUUAAACCAACAUCUAGCCAUGCACACUGGUGAAAAGCCCUACAUGUGUGGGGAGUGUGGAUACAGGACUUAUCGCAAGUCUCAUUUAUCCGAACACAUGAGUACUCAUACAGGUUACAAGCCCUACACGUGUGACCAGUGUGACUAUUCUUCUGCAACAAAGUUCAAUUUGGACAGACAUGUAUCUAAACACACCGGUGAUAAGCCUUAGUCUUACAUGUGUUUGGGUCGUGGGUACAGGACAGCUAAAAAGUCUUACUUAGCGAAACACAUGAGAACUAAUGCUGGUGAAUAAAGCUACAAAUGUGACCAGUGUGACUAAAUCAAGUUUGAAGCAACUCACAUGUGUAGCUUAUCUAAAAAUAUGAAGACUCACAAAUGUAAAAAAAAUAAUGCCCAGUUUGACUUUUCUGCAACAAGUAGGUGUAAUUUCUACAAAAAUCUUAAACAACACACAACCUAAUGACGCACCUACAUGUGUCGGGAGUGUGUGUACCUUGUCUACCUUGCUGAACAUGAGAAUUCAAACAGCAGAAAAACGCCAUAAGUCUGACCAGUGUGACAAUACUUGAGCAUCUGAAUUUGACAACCAUCAAAGAGCACAAUGGUGAACAACAGUAUAUGUUUGAGUAAUGUGAUUUUAUGACAUCUAAGUAAACUCGAUAAUUAAUCCGAACUGGUAGUGCAUAUGGUAUGACGAGAACACCGGGCUGUUUGACUAAGUUGAGGCCUUGUCUUGUGAUCUUAGCUUCUGUAACGUAAAAUGUUUCAGUAACCACCAUGGCUGAUAUGUAAGAACAUAGCUCAUUAGUGACAAUAAAGAAGCUUAUUAGAA